GCUAUCGCCAAAUGUUCACCUCUAGUUCAACAAAUGCACAUAUUGUUUUUUUUGAUUAAAAUAUUUUAAAACAUUACAAUGGACGCUGACAUUAUGCUCCCCGCCGACACGUUGGCUAUUCUUAACGAAUUUCUUUUGGAACGCUCGAAGCGCAAAGUCGAUGAGGAGAAUCAAGUCGUCAACCAGACUGGCAUUGAUGCUGAAUUCGAGGAAGAUUGGCAACUGAGUCAGUUUUGGUACAAUUCGGAAACUAAGCUUAUUCUGCGCGAUGUUGUGGUUAAGCUACUGGACGAACAAAGGUCUGAUUUGGUGGGUUUUCAUAUUGCUCUCCUAUCAUGUCCCUCGCUUUACAAGGACAUAAGAAACAUCCAUGAUAAUGUGCGCAUCUUUGAGUAUGAUCCAAGAUUUGAAGCCUACGGUACGGACUUUGUGUUCUACGACCUGAACUGCGUAGGAGGCAACCCAAACUACCUCAAGGAACACCAUCAGCAGUAUGACAUAAUUGUUGCCGAUCCGCCCUUCUUGUCUCAGGAGUGCAUAGCUAAAACUUGUGAAAUAAUCACCAGGCUGCAGCGAAAUCAAUCAGAGUCCAAGAUAAUUAUUUGCUCUGGGGAAGUGACGGAACCCUGGCUGACUACAGGCCUUCCUGUUUUAAAAUGCGGUUUCCGACCGGAACACGAUCGUAACCUGGGCAACUCCUUUGUAAGCUACGCUAAUUUCAAUUUAGACGAAUAUAUUGAAAAUAAAUAAUCCAUUACAUUGA